AAUGAAUGGAACUAAUAUAAUAUUUUCAGCAUUAAGUUCAUAACCAGUGAAUCUAUAAAUUGAAUUACAGGCAGAGCAACAAAAUGAAUAUGAAAAGGAAUAUUUAGAAGCAGAUUUAGUUUAAAGAAUACAAACAAGAAAUCCAAGUAUAAACAAUUUUACAAUAAAAUCAACUACAAAUAUAGACACUCGUAGAAAUUGUGAAGUAAUUAAUUUUUUAUAAAUUAAAUAAGCCAUUAAUUGAUUAAGAUGAAGAUAACAAAAAAAAUACAUCCAAAAAAACUGGCACUAAUUUCAUGAAAUAUUUUUAUCUAAAACGAUUCAUUUAACGCAUUAGAAACAAUAGAACUAAGUUGUCUAAUGUUAAUGAAAAUCAUAUCAAAUUAAUUAAUGAUAAUUCAAGUGAUAGGUAUCAUCAUUUUUAUUUAGUUAAGUGAUGAUGUAAAUACUUAAGUUAAAUAAUCAUCCAUAUUUUCAAAUACGUAAUGUAACUAAACUAUUUCGUGAUAAUACUCUAUCAUCUUAUGAACAUCCAUUCAUUAUUUGGAUCAGAGAAAAAUAUUAAUUAAGUAGAAAGGCUAUUUAUGAAAUAUUAUCCAAAAUACCAUAAAUACAUCCUGAAUCACUUAAGAAAAUUGUUUGGGAUUAUUGGACCAUACUUUUUAGGUUACUUUUAUUAAUAUUAAUUCCAUUAGAAAUUGCUUACAACCCAUAAAUUUUAUUUGAUAAAUUGAUAGGACUUACUCUGACUAUUGUAAUUAUAUUAAUUAUUGAUAAUUUAUUAAGAUUGAAUACUAUAUGUUAUUUGAGUGGAUAGGCAGUAUAUGAUAGAUGGCAAAUUAUUUAAAACAAUUUUAAUCUAUAAACUAUUUCAGACUUUGCUUUAAUAUUUUUAUUAAUCUAUUUUAUUAAUAAUCAAGGAAAUUAAUUUUAAUAUUUAAUACUAUUAAUAUCACUUACACAACAUUAUUAAAUUAAUUAAACAUUAUAAAAAAGUGAAGAAUCUCAAUAUUUUACUAAAAAACAAAAAGCAUUUAUUAAUUUGUUUAAAUUACUAAUCUACUUGAUUUAUGUACUCCAUUUAUUUUCUUGUAUAUGGUUUUUCAAUAGUUCAUUAAAUUAUGGGAAUUCUUGGAUUAUUUUAUAAGAAUUAGAUCAUCAAUAAUGGUAACUUUAAUAUUUAGAAGCAUUCUAUUUUGCUAUUGUAACUAUGUUAACUAUAGGAUAUGGUGAUAAUGUACCAAAAACUUGGAAUGAAAAAAUUGUUGCAAUAUUCUUUAUCUUAAGUGCUUGUUUAUGGUUUUCAUAUAGUAUUAAUGCUAUAGGUACUAUAAUUAAAGAAAUAAACUAACAUUUUAUGGAAAGAAGCAGAAAAAUUAGAGUUAUUAAUAGAUAUAUGCAUUAAAGAAAUAUCCCUUUCUCUUUAUAAUAUAGAAUUAGGGAAUAUUUGACAUUUAGAUGGAAAGAAGAAGCAGAAAUUGAUUUAUAAUAAGAAGAGACCUUAUUAAAUGAAUUAUCAGAAGAAUUGAAAUAAGAUUUAAAAAAAUAAGCCAAUAAUGUAUUCUUCAAACAUUGUGAUUUUCUAUUUAAGAAUUUCAGUUUGGAAUUAUAAAAUUCUUUAUCUCCAUUUAUUAAAAGAAAAAUAAUAUAACCUUAAAAUACAUUCUCUAUUUAUACUCUAAGUGAUUUUUAUUAACCUCAUUUGUGUUUUGUAGAAUAGGGUUAAUUGUAAUAUCAAAAUGUUCUUAAUGUUUCAUUAAAGUGUGUCUAAAAUCAAGGUUAAUUUUUGGAAGUAUCAGAAUUCAUUGAAGAAAAUGAUAAUGCUUAAACCUUUAAAGCUAUAGGAUAUGUAAGUUUACUUGUUUUAAGCAAAGUAAUAUUAUUAUUAUACAUUUUAUAGUCGGAUUUUAUGUCCAUUAUAAGAUAAUACCCAAAAGAUUAUUAAAAGUAUUGUAAUUUAAAAGAUCAAUUUAUUCUCUAAAUUAAUCGUAAAAACUUAAGACUUGGAUAAUAUUGUGCAGCUUGCAAUAUUAAUACUCAUAGUUUGAAAGAGUGUCCUAAUUUAUCUAUAAGUAUUGAUAGAGAAUUAAUAAUCAAAAGACAUUAAUAUUCAUAAGAUUAACAAAGAAAAUACGAUAAGAGAUCAAAAAAAAGAGGAAAGACAUCUUUUUCAACUAGAUGUGAUAGAGAGAUUAUAGAAUAAUUUUCAAUUUACUUUUAAAAUGAAUAACCAAAAUUAGUUUAAAAUUAGUUAUCUAAAUAAUUAAUAUAAGAAUAAGAAUUUGAUGAAGCUAAAUCUGAAAUUAAUGAAUAAUCUCCAAUAAAUAGAACAUUUCAUUUUAAAAGACAAGAAUCUAUUUAAUUACCUAGAUAUUCUUUGUAAAGUGGAGAAGCAAUAUCAAUAUAGAAAUAAAUAACUAUUAAUGACUCUAUUGCUUCAAGUGAUAAUUAUUCAAACUAAAAUUUGAAAUUAUCAACCAGAUAACAAUGCAUGCUUACUGCCAAUAAAUUUAUGACAGCAAAAUUAUCAAAAUAUAAAAAAAUGUGCUCAUAAUAAAAUCCAAAAAUUGCUUUGAUUGAUACUGAUGAAUCAUUGAAGAUUGAUAUUUAGGAUUGUAUUUAAUAAAAUAUUGAAUUAUUGUACAAUAAAAUUUUUAAUGAAGAAGCUUCAAUACCUAUGGAUAGAUCAGUUUAGGAUUUAUAAAUUUUAUACUUUUCACUUAAAGCAUAAUAAGGUAUUGAGUAAUUUGAGGUUGUCAAAAACUUUAGUUCUUAUAUGAUUCAUCAUAAUAUAGAGAAUAUUAUAUUAUAAACAGAACAAAAAUUUCAUACUUUAUUUUUGAAACCUAUUACUCAACUAAUUAGAUUUAUGUAUUAUCCAUAUGAAUUUAUAAUGAAGUUUUAAAAGAUAAAGACAUAGAGAUUAAAAUUAUUAAAUUUUUACAAGAAAAGAUCUUUUAAGAUUUUGAAAUAGAAACAAUCUAAAAUAAAUGAUUUAGUAAGAAAAUGGGAGACACCUAGAAAAUCUUAUCGUUUUAGUGUGAUAAUACCGAAUGAUGAAUGA